AUGGAAAUGGAUGGCUCUACCACCACCAGCACGGAUCCUCCCCAUCGGAAAACAACCACCUUCACUAUAGCCGCCGAUAACGAAAGAGCCAGCGACGAAGGCGACCAACAGUCACAGGAGCCCCAUCACAACCAGGGCCAUCUCCGCCAGCAGCACUCGUACGGUGACUACGAUAGCGAAGGGAACACACACGAAAACGGACAGUCUUCGGAUCUCAUCUUCAAAAAGAAGGACUUGAGCAGGUCGCGUACCCAGUCGUUCCAAUCGGUGCUCUCCACAGCAUCCUUGAAAUCCCUCAAACAACAAGUCACAGGCAACACCACCACCCUCGCCAAUAACCCAUCGUCCAACAACAGAAACAGCAGUCUCAUCCCCUCCAACAACACUAAUAAUACCAAGAACUUCCAAUCGUUCAUCCAGGCACCAGUGUUGUCCAGCGUGUCCAACUUGAAGAACGACGACUUUAUCGAGAUUGGCCAGCAGUUGCCGUUCAACGACAACAAGUCUGCUGCAUCCCAUUCCGGCUCAGACAAGUCGGACCAGGACACUAUCAUCCAACAGCAAAAGUUGACCUUGAACGCAUUGAAAAAGUUGAGCUUAUCUCCUAUGUUAAUAUCGAAUAAUGACCAAAACUUACCCCAAAGGUUGGCUCGCAAGCCCUCACAAAAGAAGGUAGAGGCUGGCAGCAACAACAACAACAAGUUGAAAGCCCCAGAACCUUACAAACCGGCCGAGGUAGACCUUUCGUCAUUUGCCAGUCUUACAAGGCAACCCAAAUUGGCCCAAGUGGCAGAUAAUAAGGAGCUGCAGAAGAGCCAACCGGUUGCUAACGAUUCAAAGAAGACUUUGCCAAAGUUGGAGGAGGACCAUCAAGCCGAAAAUGUUAACAAGACACAGAACGACCAUCAAGCCGAUUUAAGGUCACAGCAAUCAGGUAAUACUCAGAAACAUCAACAAGACCAAGAGCUGCGUCAGCACCAACAACAGAAUUCCCAAUUAUCCCAGCAUGUUCAACCCCAGCAUCAGUCUAUUCCCCAAUCACAAAAUCAACAGCAACAAAGCAAGGUUCCCGCUGCUGUCAUUCCACCUCAAAGUAUGAAUACGAGAAGACAAUCCAAUAAUAUUCCCGCCCAUGGAUCUAAUCAACUGUCUUAUGUACUGAACUUUCAACUCCACAACCAGCCUCCUCCAUCAACUAAUCAACAUGCAAUCAACCAGUACAAGCUUGCGCAAAUAGCCCAACACCAGCAACAAUUCCCACAGCAGCCUCCACAAACGUAUUCUCAGCAGCAUCAAAGUCCUAGUCAGCAUCAACAAUAUCCACAAACUCCUGGCCAACAGUCGGCACAGACAUCCAAGGUCAGUAAGCAAUUACAACAGAUCAAAGGUCUUAGAAGUCCCAUGUAUGUCCCAGCAGUAUUGAGAAUGACUGUCAAUGGUCUUUCACCCACUAGUUCUAAUAUUUCGAGCUCCAUUACAUCUAACGCUAGUUCUCCAGGUGAAGGGGAAGUGAACUCCCCUAAACAGAACUUGGAGCACAAUUUAAACAACUUGCAGCAUCAAAACGAUUUGGAACCAAAGUCAUCCACAGCUUCUAUUAGGUCAUUUGAUUCUGGGAUAUCUGUGGAAUCAGGUACUUCGAACAAACUCAACGGAAAGACCAGUUUCUUAGGAUCAUCGAAAAACUACUACGAUGACGUGUUGAGGGCACCACCUACACGUAAGCAUUGGGUCAAAGAUGAGGUGGUGUUCAAGUGCAGCAUCCCCAAAUGUCCCAAGGUGUUCAAUUUCUUCGAAAGAAGACACCAUUGUCGGAAGUGUGGAGGGAUCUACUGCAAGGAACAUACCUCGCAUUAUCUUUACAUUAAUCACUUGGCUCAGUUUACCACUGGUGGAAGAGGCACGCUUUCUAAGGUGUGCGAUAACUGUAUUUCUGAGUACAAUCAGUUUAUUCAGAAUGAGUUUGGGGUGAGCAUCAGCAACUCCAGUCAGAGGUCCACGCCCAAUCUUUCGUUCCGUUCGAGAAGAAAGAGCGCAAUGAACAGCUUGUUGGUAGUGUUCCUGCUAACUGGAGCUGGAGCUCCUUCUAGCACUCUAGUAACGAAAUACCGAAUCGGAAGUCAUAUUGGAAGAAAAGACCGCGUCCUUACCGAUAACAUUAAUGAGAAAGAUGGCGCUGAAAACAUAUAUAAUGAGUAA